CUUGGUUUCACCGCGCAGGCGCGGUCGACGCUGUUGUUGUGGUCCCCAUGGAGCUGCCGUAGCGGACCCAGCACAGCCAGGAGCGUCCGGAAUGAGCUCAGCCGCGGCCGACCACUGGGCGUGGUUGCUGGUGCUCAGCUUCGUGUUUGGGUGCAAUGUUCUUAGGAUCCUCCUCCCGUCCUUCUCAUCCUUCGUAAGUGGCUGCCUGGCCUCCCAAGGGCCGGUGGGGAUGCCGCCCCAGUCCCCCGGCAGGUCUGGCGUAGGUAGUGAGUACAUUACCUCCGUCUCACGGCUGCUGGGAGAGAUGUCCAGGGUGCUACAGAAGGAUGCGGAGCAGGAGUCACAGAUGAGAGCGGAGAUCCAGGACAUGAAGCAGGAGCUCUCCACAGUCAACAUGAUGGAUGAGUUUGCCAGAUACGCCAGGCUGGAAAGAAAGAUCAACAAGAUGACGGAUAAGCUCAAAACCCACGUGAAAGCUCGGACAGCUCAAUUAGCCAAGAUAAAAUGGGUGAUAAGUGUCGCUUUCUACGUAUUGCAGGCUGCCCUGAUGAUCUCACUCAUUUGGAAGUAUUAUUCUGUCCCGGUGGCUGUCGUGCCGAGUAAAUGGAUAACCCCUCUAGACCGCCUGGUAGCCUUUCCUACUAGAGUAGCAGGUGGUGUUGGAAUUACCUGUUGGAUUUUAGUCUGUAACAAAGUUGUGGCUAUUGUGCUUCAUCCAUUCAGCUGAACAGGAAGAUGGAUACAGCUAUGAGACUUUAAAAAUGGAUUUUCUCUUAUUAGGUUAAAAAUCUGAUUUACACUGUUUUGUUUUUUAAGAAACAAAAGUGCACAGUUUAGAUUUUUUUUUGUUGAAUAUGUAUGUUCUUGGACUUUAUGAGAGAGUCUUAUAAGAAUCAUGAUUUUCUACACCUGUCAUUGAGCCAAGAAAGUCCAGUUUAUGACACGUAUGUUCUAGCGGACACCGUCCUAGAUCUGUACGAAACGUGAAAUGUUUAGGGACAUCUCCGUGCUGUCACUUGUGAUUUGCCCUUUUAUGUAUUUUGGUCAUAUUGCCAACUGGAAAGUCAAAGUUUUCUAACAACUUUAAGUAAGUUCUUUGAAGACUUAGUGCUGUUUUUAAUCCAGUUUAGAAAGUAACUUAAUUUUAAUACCACUACUAAAAAUUCGAAAAUUUCUUCUUUAAUCACAUUCAAUGUGGUUAAAAGAACAACACUAAUUGACAUUGCGUGGGCUUUGUCUCCCUUUCUUUAAAAUGUCAUUUGUUGAACAAGAGUUGUAUAGUAUUAUCUAUUUACUUGAGGCUGUUAAUUUUUCAUUACAGUGUUUUGUAGUAUCCACGAGACCAUGAUGCAUUGUUUUGUGCUCAACUUGUGUUUUGUAUUUAAAGCAUUUUGAAUGAGGUGCAUUUUAUAAGCAUUUAAUAUUUAUUAUGCUCUUUAGAAUGGAACACAGAAAACAAACCUUAUAAGGCCUGAUUAAAUUAAUCUGAACCAAUAACCUGUGUGGCCCAAAAAGUAUAAUUCUGUUAAAUGUUCCUUAAAACACUUUUUUCUAAUUAAAAUCUUUGCAAGUGCUUGUGUAA